UGUGAUGGUGAUGACGAGGUGAAAAUGGCGGAUCUUUCGAAAUACAAUCCCGGCCCCUGACAUACCAGAGGCGGCGGCGGCGGCGACCUCGCCACCCGGGCUCCCUCCUCGGCUCCUGGUUACCCUGUAGCACUCCAGUCCGGGCCAAGUGGGAAAGGAAGCAACUGGGCAGAGCUACUGUGCACGGGCAAAACAAGCACUACCCGGACUCGGGAUUGCCCGGGACCUUCUGGAGCCCCCACCUCGGAGCCCCAGGGAGGAGCAAGCGGCAGCCGCUGGAGCACCUGAUCACCUUUGUAGCAGGAGAACGAUCAUGGAGGUGGUGCCAGCUGAGGUGAAUAGUUUGCUUCCAGAGGAGAUAAUGGACACUGGUAUAACUUUAGUGGAUGAUGAUAGUAUUGAGGCUGUUAUUGUUUCAUCCCCAAUUCCUAUGGAGACAGAACUGGAAGAAAUUGUCAACAUACAUUCUACUGGUGACUCUGCAGCCACGCCCAUUUCCACGGAAUCAAUCACAGUGUACAGUAACCACACUAACCAAGUUGCAGUGAAUACCACAAUUACUAAAGCAGAUUCUAAUACCACAGUGAAACCAGCUUUUCCAAGUGGCCUUCAAAAACUUGGUGCUCAGACUCCUGUGACUAUCUCAGCCAAUCAGAUUAUUUUAAACAAAGUAUCACAGUCAUCUGAUCUUAAACUUGGCAAUCAGACCCUUAAACCAGAUGGACAGAAGUUAAUUUUAACAACUUUGGGCAAGUCUGGUUCACCAAUUGUUUUAGCACUACCCCAUAGCCAACUACCCCAGGCUCAGAAAGUUACAACUCAGUCCCAGUCAGGAGAUGCUAAGUUACCACCGCAGCAAAUUAAAGUAGUUACCAUUGGAGGGAGGCCAGAUGUGAAACCUGUCAUUGGUGUCUCAGCAUUGACCCCAGGAAGUCAACUGAUUAAUACUACAACUCAGCCCUCUGUGUUACAGACCCAACAGUUAAAAACAGUACAGAUUGCUAAGAAGCCUCGAACACCAACCUCUGGUCCAGUGAUCACGAAGCUGAUCUUUGCAAAACCAAUUAAUAGUAAAGCAGUUACAGGACAGACAACUCAAGUAUCACCACCGGUCAUUGCAGGUAGGGUUCUUUCACAAUCUACUCCUGGAACUCCAUCAAAGACUAUAACAAUACCUGAGAGUGGUGUUAUUGGAUCAACUAUAAAUUCUACAACACAGACACCAAAUAAAAUAGCCAUCUCACCUUUGAAAUCGCCAAAUAAGGCAGUAAAGUCAGCUGUGCAGACCAUCGCUGUUGGAGGAGUAAGCACAUCACAGUUUAAGACAAUUAUUCCUCUGGCAACUGCUCCCAAUGUCCAGCAGAUUCAAGUGCCUGGAAGCAAGUUUCAUUAUGUACGGCUGGUUACUGCCACAACAGCCAGCAGCUCAACCCAGCCAGCCAGUCAGAAUCCCAGUACGAACACUCAACCUCUUCAGCAAGCUAAGCCAGUGGUGGUUAAUACAACACCAGUACGGAUGUCAGUUCCAUUUGUCCCAGCUCAGACUGUCAAACAGGUUGUUCCAAAACCAAUCAAUCCAACUUCACAAAUAGUAACUACCAGCCAGCCACAGCAACGGCUUAUCAUGCCUGCCACACCACUGCCACAGAUCCAGCCCAACCUCACUAACCUACCCCCAGGUACCGUCCUGGCUCCAGCUCCAGGAACAGGAAAUGUGGGUUAUGCAGUGCUUCCAGCACAGUAUGUUACUCAGCUACAGCAGUCUUCGUAUGUGUCUAUAGCAAGCAACUCUAACUUCACUGGAACAUCUGGCAUCCAGACUCAGGCAAGGCUUCCAUUCAAUGGCAUAAUCCCAUCAGAGUCUGCCAGUCGGCCCAGGAAGCCCUGCAAUUGUACAAAAUCUCUGUGUUUGAAAUUAUACUGUGAUUGCUUUGCCAAUGGUGAAUUUUGCAACAACUGCAAUUGUACCAAUUGUUACAACAAUUUGGAACAUGAAAAUGAAAGGCAAAAAGCAAUAAAGGCAUGCCUUGACAGAAAUCCAGAAGCCUUUAAACCAAAGAUAGGGAAAGGAAAGGAAGGAGAAUCAGAUCGACGGCAUAGCAAGGGGUGCAACUGCAAACGGUCAGGAUGCCUUAAAAACUACUGUGAAUGUUAUGAGGCAAAAAUAAUGUGUUCUUCAAUAUGUAAGUGUAUUGGCUGUAAGAAUUUUGAAGAAAGCCCAGAAAGAAAGACAUUGAUGCACUUAGCAGAUGCAGCUGAAGUAAGGGUCCAGCAGCAAACGGCUGCGAAGACGAAGCUGUCUUCUCAGAUUUCAGAUUUGCUUACUAGGCCAACGCCAGCUUUAAAUAGUGGAGGAGGAAAGUUACCAUUUACAUUUGUAACUAAGGAAGUAGCUGAAGCCACAUGUAACUGCCUUCUUGCCCAGGCUGAGCAGGCAGACAAGAAGGGAAAGUCAAAGGCUGCAGCGGAACGGAUGAUACUUGAGGAGUUUGGACGAUGUCUGAUGAGUGUCAUCAACUCUGCAGGAAAGGCAAAGAGCGAUCCCUGUGCUAUGAAUUGCUAACUCCAGCCCAGGAGAUGAGGAAGGGAGCUGUACAGGAAACUUAAUUUUUUGCAAGCUAGUUUAACAAUUACUGUAUUUUAAUUCAGUCCUUGUUUUAAAAAACCUGAAAUAAUAUUGAAAGAGAAGAAAUUUUAAAUGAGGAAAUUAGUACAUUUUAAAUAAUAGUUAAUUCUGCUUAUGCCCCUUCUAAAUUGAAUUUAACUUAAUUUUUUUCCUUUAUUGUAUUAUAUAGAUGUUUAAUUUGCUUGAGUUUCUUAAGAAGUAGAUGUUCUGUCCUUCUGAUUUUAUUGAUAAAAAACACUUAUAAAUUACUGUAAUAUAAUUUAUAAUGUAUGGUGUCGUAUGACUUUAUUCAAUAGAAGAAGCCAAAGCAGCAUGGGUAUUACCCAGUCAUCUUUGGUUCUAGAUUUAGAAUAUUUCAGAUAUGCAGAUAAAAUGUCUACAUAACAAAUUGUUAUGAAGCAGAUUCAAAUGACAUUUUGUGUUAGAAGAGCACUAUCUUUUUAAGAAAAAAAAAUCAUCUUUUUAGGAUAGAUUCUAAAAAUACCAACAAGUAAUCCCCAUGUACACUUUUAAAAUGAAAAAAAAAAAACUUUUAAAAAAACAAAUCCACAAUAUGGUAUUAAGGGGCAGUAAGGACUUUGAGAGGAUGGCAUGUACUCUUGUGAGGAAUGGCUCACCUGCCCUAGGUGUCCAGCUUCCCUCUCAGAGGUGGUGCAUGUUGGAACAGUUGUCAUGUGGAAGUAAGAGGGCUGUGAAGAGAAGCACACACCAUUACAUUGAGACAGGACAGAAGGGAUCCCAUAUAAUAAGGAUCAGGCUCAGCAUUGGGCUUGGAAAGAGAAGUCAGGAAUUUUGAGGUUGAAAGAGAUGAAUUUAGGGAAGGACUUUUCACAGAUCUUUUUGUAGACGUUGGAACUGAGACAUUUCAGACAAUACCUGUCUCUUUACCUGAUGUACUGAAAAUGGGCCACCUAACAAAACUUUCAGAGAUGUAAUGGGAUUUGAUUUUAUAAGGAAUCUUUAAUAUGGUUUACUUUAAGCCAGUGAGUUAUUAAGAUGAAGUUGGGUGUUUUCAUAUAACUAACAUAACAUAAAUCAUUUUUAGUAAUUCAAGAGCUCUAUGAAUUUAAGAGCCUAUUGUAAUAGGAGUUUGAUUUUAUGAAAGGAAAAAACCAUGUUGAAAUUCAGACAUUUUGUUUGUUCCUUAAUCCUCAGUAAUUAUUACAUUUCCUCCAAGGACUAUAGUUGUAUGUAUUAAGUAUGUAUAUAUGUUCAUAUGAACAUGAAAGAUACAGGCAAUAGAAAAAAUACAAAAGAGGAUUCCGUUAUUCAUUUAAGUAUCCUUCUUUAGGUUUAUAAAACUAUAGUGCAGUAACUUUAAAUGUAGAUAAUACAGAUGUUCUUAGCACCUCAUUCUAGUAUGUCUAAUUAAAAUUGUAUAAAUGUAAAUUAGUGUAAGGAUAAAAUAUGUAAUCAAGUUAUUUUUCAACAGAUUGCAAUAAGUUUUUGGUCUAAACCUAAACUUUGUUCAUUUUGUAUAUACUCUGUUUAAUUCUAAUUACAUCAUUGUGAUGUGUAUUUAUAUACAGUGUGCAGAAAUGUUUGUGAAGUUCUCAUUUAAUUGUAGAUUAUGUACGAUGGCAUUGCUUAAGAAUGUCUUGCUUGUAAAAAUUUAAAGGUGCAAUCAAAUGCUACUAGUUUUUGAUUUUCAAGAAACUAAAAUAUUGUUUUUCUUCCUGUGUAGUACAUACUAAACAACUUUUUGUAUUUAGGCAUUUGCAUCAAACUGCUGAACAAGAUUAAUAGUCACAUUAAUUCAACAAUUUAAAAAGACUAUUUGGGGAGGGCUGGGUAUAUAAUUUUUUUUAGCUCUAUUUACAUCCCAAAGUAGAAAAGAUUAAAUUUAUAUUUCCUAGAGCUAUUCAAAAAAUACACUUUUCUAUAUUGUAAAAACAGGACAGGAAAGAAAAUCAUACAUAAAAUAAACAUUUAUACUAUUCUGUAAAAAA